UACAGAAGACAUUCGAUUGCGGGUUGGGGAUCGGUGGCGGACGUUUAGCGGUUUCCAGUCUUCGGCCGAAUUGCUCCCAUCAAAUCCACUGUGUACAGUUUUACAUAAUUUUAGAGUUAAAAAGUGACCAAAUCCUACUUAAGAACGUUUUAAGUUGUAUUCGUUUCUUCCCCGUUGUAUUGGAAUUAAAGUUGUCCCUGGAUUUGAAGCGGAACGACCGACUCAGCGAGAAUGUCGACAAUAAGGUUAUUGGGAGCACUAGGACAUUUGUCCAAAAAUCAACUAGUCCACCGGAAAAUUGCUGCAGCAAAAGCCUUUAAUGCAGCUAGAUACAUGGCCUCCGCCGCAGCACAAAAGCACAUGAAGACCAAAGUGGUCGACGAUGUUCUUGUCGUAACCAUGGACUCGCCGAAUGUUAAAGUAAAUUCGUUAGGAGAAGAGUUCACAUCAGAAUUCAUAAACGUAUUCAAGGAGAUUGAAACAAACCCUGCGAUUAAAUCAGCCGUGUUGAUAUCUGGCAAACCAGGUUGUUUCAUAGCUGGUGCUGACAUUGGAAUGCUGGAGAAAUGUUCGUCAGCUGCGGAAGCAGAAAAAAUUUCUCAUGAAGCACAAAUUGCAUUCGAUCGUAUGGAACACAGCGGCAAGCCGAUUGUAGCAGCGAUCAAUGGAGUGUGUUUAGGCGGCGGAUUAGAGUUUGCUAUGGCUUGUCACUACAGAGUUGCGACUAAAGAUAAAAAGACUGGAUUGGGUUUGCCAGAGGUUAUGCUUGGAUUGCUGCCAGGUGGUGGGGGCACUCAACGUCUGCCAAAGCUUACGUCCGUCCCAACAGCUUUAGAUAUGGCGCUAACAGGGAAAACCGUUAAGUCAGAUCGCGCCAAGAAAAUGGGCCUUGUUGAUUUGGUCGUGAGCCCCAUUGGACCAGGAUUACAGCCGGCUGAGAAGAACACCAUUGAGUUUUUAGAAAAUGUUGCAGUGAACAUUGCAAAGGAUCUGGCAUCAGGAAAAUUGAAGGUUGAUCGUACUAAAAAAGCAUUAUCCGAUAAAAUUUUGAAUUAUGCACUUGGUUUUGAUUGGGUUAGAAACCAGAUUUUUGGCAAAGCGAAAGCCCAAGUAAUGAAAAUGACCGGUGGUCUGUACCCAGCUCCACUUAAGAUUUUGGAAGUGAUUCGAACUGGGGUAGAAAAAGGGUCAACAGCUGGCUACGAGGCGGAACGUAAAGGUUUCGGUGAACUAGCUAUGACUCCGCAAUCGAAGGGCCUUAUUGGACUUUUCCGUGGCCAAACCGAGUGCAAGAAAAAUCGUUUUGGAACUCCGAAAACCCCGAUAAAAACCAUUGGUGUUCUGGGCGCCGGUCUAAUGGGGGCUGGUAUUGUUCAAGUCAGUGUCGAUAAAGGUUACAAAGUGGUGAUGAAAGAUACGAACGAUGCAGGACUGAAUCGUGGAAUCGAUCAAAUACAAACUGGUUUACAGAAUGCGAUUAAGAGGAAACGUAUAUCUUCACUUGAACGCGACAAAAUACUUGCACACCUGGUUCCUACCCUGAAUUACAAUGAUUUCCGAGAUGCUGAUAUUGUAAUUGAGGCAGUUUUUGAGAAUAUCAAUGUAAAACAUCAGGUUAUCAAGGAAAUCGAAGCAGUGGUACCAAAACAUUGCAUAAUCGCGACAAAUACAAGCGCCAUUCCGAUCACAAAAAUAGCUGCGGGCAGCUCACGACCUGAAAAUGUUAUUGGAAUGCACUACUUCUCACCAGUUGACAAAAUGCAGCUGUUGGAAGUGAUUAGGCAUCCGAAGACGUCAGAUGAUACUGCGGCGGCUGCAGUAGCUGUUGGAUUGAAGCAGGGAAAGAUUGUUAUUACCGUGGGAGAUGGCCCAGGAUUCUACACUACCAGAAUUCUUUCGACAAUGCUUUCAGAAGCUAUCAGGUUACUGCAAGAAGGAGUCAAUCCAAAAGAUUUAGAUAAAAUGACCAAGUCGUUCGGAUUUCCAGUUGGAGCUGCGACACUAGCAGAUGAAGUAGGAAUUGAUGUUGGCGCACACAUUGCAGUGGACUUAGCGAAGGCGUUCGGCGCACGUAUUAGUGGUGGAGAUUUGGGUGUUAUGGACGAUUUAGUAAAGGCUGGAUUUUUAGGUCGUAAGUCAGGUAAAGGCAUCUUUGUAUAUGAGAAGAAUUCACGUGGCAAGGAGCGAGAAGUUAAUGAAGCAGCUUUCGAAAUUCUUCGACAAAAAUACACACUUCAGCCGAAAGGAGCAGAUUCUGUAGAAGAUCAACAGUUACGAAUGGUAUCGCGAUUUGUGAACGAGGCUGUCCUUUGUCUUGAGGAAAAAAUUCUUGAUAACCCAUUGGAAGGCGAUGUAGGAGCGGUAUUUGGGCUUGGUUUCCCGCCAUUUACAGGUGGUCCGUUCAGAUGGGUGGAUCAAUAUUCAGCGUCAAAGUUGGUAGAUAAAAUGCACUCAUAUGCUGAUUUAUAUGGAGAGCCAUUCAAACCCGCCCAAACGCUGAUAGAUAUGGCUAAAGAUCCUUCAAAGAAGUUCCAUAAAGCAACAACUCAGUCUAAGUUGUAGAUAACACACUGAUAAGCAUUUGCAGAAUGUAUCAUUUAACAAAUUUCUGAUGGCAUUUUUCAUCACAUUGCUAUAAUAAACGUUUGAAGGGCAUAAAGACUUACUGCCAAAUCGAUAAGAAGACAUUUGAUAAGUGCCUGCGGAAUAACAUUUUUCAAGGAGCUGAAUAUUGUUACGACUUAUAUUUUUUAUCAUCGUGUAAGCUCCAAAUAAUUUAUUUUUUCAAUCCGGAAAUAAAAAGUCGUUAAUAUAUUUAUAA